ACCAUACCAAUGACUGGCAUGACCUCGUCGACGACAGCAGCACCACUGGCCGCCAGCGCGGGCCGCUCGUUCAUGGCAGCGGCUGCGACGCCGAACGACGAGAGCGAAGGCGAAGACGAGGACGAGUACGUGAACCGGUUGGCGCGGCGCUGGUCGUGCAAUGCGAUUCGGCUCAAGAUCCAACAGUUCCUCGCGACCAAGGUUUUGACGCAGACCGCGUUCCUCAAGGAAAUUCGAUCCAACGCCAACUCGUACCAGCGCUUCAUGAAGCAGACGGGCGUCAGCGGCGGCAGCGGCAACCAGACGUACUGGAAUUCGCUCCCGUUCUUUGACGACCUCGCAAAGAAGGACAAGAAGGCCAAGGCCGACGCCAAGGCCGCGGCCAAGAAGGCUGGCGCCAAGCGCAAGGCGGAUACAACGGCCGACGUAGCGCCCCGUGCCAAGAAGGGUUCGAAUCGACUGGCGGAAAUUGACGCGGUCGAGCUCGACGAUGACGCGCCCGUGUACGACGACUGCGACGUUGUGCGAGACCACUUGCAGCAGUUCUUCCUCGCAAAGGAGGCCAGCCAAGUGAACUUCGCCAAGCACUUGGGCUUUUCGAUCACGCCGCUGCGCAACUUCCUCAUGAAGAAAGGACGGCGCGAGGGCAGCGGCAGUGCUGUGUAUGGCGCCGCGUACCGGUUCUUUGAGAAGCGGCGACUCCUUGAUGGCGUGCCCAAGUCGGCCAAGCGACUCAAGAUCGAGAAAACGCUCCCCGAGGGUUACCCCUUGCGGAAGGACCCGACGCACUACAUCUUGCUUCCUGGUGAGGAAGUGCCCGUGCUGCCCUACUAG